AUGGGUAUAUUUAUCCAUCAUAAUGUGUUUACUGAUCAUCAUCAUGCCCCCAUGAUCUUGGCAUCGUAUGGAGCUACUGCCAUUUUAUGUUUCAAUGCAUCACAGGUACCCUUGGCACAACCACGUAAUAUCUUUUUCGGCCAUUUCAUCAGUUCCGUGAUUGGCAUGAGUAUACAAAAAUUGUUUAGUUUGAGUCAUGGCGGAAGACUGAAUUAUUGGGCUAGUGGAGCAUUGAGUGUUGCAAUAAGCUCAGUGGUUAUGGCGAUCACCAAUACUAUACAUCCGCCCGCAGGAGCAAGUGCAUUGUUGCCUAGUAUUGAUGAACAAGUGCGACAAAUGAGUUGGUGGUUCUUGCCGGUGCAGUUGGUUAGCUCGGUGUUGAUUAUUACUGUUGCUUUAAUCACGGGUAAUAUAGUGCGAACGUAUCCGGUGUAUUGGUGGAGUCCAGGUGCUGGGAAAAUAGUACAACAAAAGCAUCAAGAAAAGCAACCAAUUCAAACAGAACCAGCCAAGGGGAAAGAGGGGGAGCACCAUCAUCCGCCUCCAUCGAUUUCAAAUAAGCGGCCUAGUGGUGGCUUUGAUAGGGAUACCCACAGUUUAAUUAAAACGCAACUGCGAUUCACGUUAACUGGAGCAGGGAUAGAUGAAGUUGCCAGUAUGAAAAACAUAACCAUUACUGCAUCAUCAAUUGCCGUGCCGGAAAAUCUCGAUUUAGGUGAAGUUGAAGCUGAUUUACUUAAAUCUUUGCAACAAAAACUAAUGAGUCUUGAAGCCCACUCAACUUCAACUUCGUCAACUGCUAAUGUCAAUUCGAAACCAGAUAAUCUUGUAUGA